UGUUACUCUAGAGGGCUGGAAAGCUGUGCGAUUGGCUUUUGUCCUAAACCAGUUGUAGCUGUGGACUUGCCAGAUGAGAGCCAGUGGGAUGAAACCACCUGCAAGUUGGCUGUUUGUCAGCAUCCACAGUGCUGGGCAACGAUCCGCCGGGUUGAGAGGGGCCACCCUCGAAUCCUGGGCCCUCCCUGCAAAACAGCUCUGAAUAAUGAAGACAAAUCCCCAGUGCUCACCAUUGUAAACAUCUCAGAUUCCUGCUUCCGGGCCAAGAGACUUGCUCACGGUCAUUUAUCAGGAUUUACCUUCACCAAAGCUCCCUCUUUAUUGUGUCAAGGUUCAAAGUUUGACUCCAAAUUUCAAGGCAGGCCUCGGAAGGAUCUACCUGACAAAGAUUUCACCCACUAUACUGACAGGUCUCCUAAGCUUUCAGUGCUGAAUCUGAAUGAGACACGACUUCCCAGCUCUCAAGAUGUUAGAAAUAUGGUUGUCGUCUGGAUCCCAGAACAACCAGAGAAGCGUGCGAGCCUUUUGCCUGAUGAAGGGAAAACCAGGCCUUCUCUGGAGAUGAAGACGCAAUUGGCCAUGAUGAAGAAGAAACUUGCCCUGGAGAAGAGCCGACCUGACAGUGCCAUUUCUGCAAAGAUGUUCUUAUCUGUGCACCGCCUCGCCCUACAGAGACCAGCACUGAGAUAUCCUGAACAUUUGAAGAAAUUGUGUUCUAACCUGAACACAGAAGGUAGAUUUUCUGGUGCUGUCAGAUCCUCAGGUCACAAGCAGCAGCAGCAGCAGCAGCAGAAGCAGCAGCAGCAGCAGAGGCUGGUGAAAACACCACCUAAGAGACAGGAGGCUAAAAAGAAACCCAAGAGCGAUCCAGGGAGCCCGAACACUUUGCAUAAACGUUCAGGUGCCAUGGUUUAUGGCCCACGCCAUGGUCACAGAACUCUGUUGGGUUGGAAAAGUGACCAAAAGCAGCCACAGUGGAUGAAGUUAGAAGGACUCACCUUGAAGCAGGAUUCCAUAGAGAGACCACAGAUGAAGAAUUAUCUGGAUUCCUCCCCCAGUAAGGACGAUCCUGAAUUAUCUAAGACCAAACCCUCUAACAAGGACAUCAGCACUCAAGAGGACGCUGUGCUGGAAUCCCAAGAGAGGAGCCCAGAGGACCUUUCAGAUGGUACAUCUAGAACAAGGUGGAACCCUGAGCUCAAACUACUGAGGAUUCUUCAGGCCACUGACGACGAGGAUGAGGAGAACUAGCUCUCCAGGUCAGAGAGUGGAGAGUAUUUCAAGACUCUGCAGGGCAGUCUUACUCCAGAGCAGAAUGCUUGGAAUCCUGAGGACGGUGACCUUGGACAUAAGGGCAGAAAGCGGAGGGGACUUCUGCUCCCUGGAGGCUUUACCAGGGCCUGACCAUAGAGAUUCUGCUUUUUUCGUUCACUUCUCCUUGCCUCUAAAAUAAUUGAGUAGAAAAAGCCUCAUCCUUUUUAAACUUAGAUUGUUUCUCUUUCAUUAGGAACAGAAUAAUUUUAGUGAUUAAACACAAC